AUGUUUCCUCUCACGACAUGCCUGGCGCUAUGCGCAGUUUCUCUCACGAGCGUGUCAGGUACUCCCUUAGGAGGACCAGCCUAUUACCCAACGAGGGAUUCCUUCGCAGGUGGUAUCUUUCUGCGGAUCGAGCCGUUGGGUGCAUCCAUCGUACAUGGUGUAGCUUCCAGUGAUGGCAACGGAUUUCGAAAAUACCUCCGGGACGCUAUCGUAUACAAUGGCAACCGAGUAGACAUGGUCGGAAGCAACCCCAAUGGGACUAUGAGGGACAAUGACAACUCCGGAUGGCCAGGCUACGUUAUCGACGAGGUGCAUGACAAGUCGAACAUUGACACGUCCAACUAUAAGCCCAAUCUGGUUCUGAUCAAUGCCGGAACCAAUGAUGCCAUCCAAGAUAAAGACAUCUCCAAUGCCGGGCAGCGGAUGAAGAAUAUGCUGGGGGAUAUCUACACGCAAUCCCCCCGGGCGACCGUCAUCCUUUCCGGCCUCCUAAGAAAUGGAGACAGUGGCACGGAUUCGCGUGCCAAGCAGAUCAAUUCGCAGUACCAGACCUUGGUCAGCGCCUUGCAAUCCUACGGAAAGCCUAUAAUAUGGGCUGAUAUGCAGGGAUCGGACGGUCCCACGCUUGCCGACAUCAGUUCUGACGGAACGCACCCAGUGGACGCGGGGUAUAAGAAGAUGGCCAAAAUAUGGUAUGCUGCCAUUGCACAAGCUGAUGCAAAGGGUUAUCUGCAGCAAGCACAGCGGAGUUGA